AUGAAUCCUCAAAACUCAAAGUUUGCACUUCUUAAAAAUAAAGAUUUUGAAUUGCCAAAAAUAAAAGCAAUGACACACCAUUCCUUCUACCGUGGAAGAUUAAAUACACAUUCAUCACCAGAAUCAAAAGUCUUCAAAUCAGAAUAAUUAACUUUUUAAUCCACACUUAUAAUUAAAAGAUUAUAACCAAGAUGCAGACAAAGGAAAGUUAAAAUGCUUAAUAUUUCUUUACAGAAAAUCAAUAAUACAUCAUAAGAGCAUAGAUUUUAAUUUCUUUUAAAUCAAUCUGUUGAUGUUAAAGGGUGGUCAUAAAAAAGCGUCAUUGAAAUAUCUGAUAUAUGA